UUUUGCUGGAAGGUGCUAACGUGUUUGAGUGGCAGAGACAGAGAGACACCUGCGGCAAGCAGCAGUCCCCUGGGGAAGCAAAGGGAGGGUGCUUACCCCCCUUGUCCCUGUGGCUGCCACAACCAUGAGGGGCAGACAUAAGGACACGUGGAUUUUGCCCUUGCUCUUAGCUGGCUUAAUUCAGCCAAAUCUGGGACAGGAACAACAGAAGGUGGACUGCUACAACACGAAAGCAGGAACAAUCUAUGACUAUGGGGCUCUCACCAUAAACGGUGAUGAGUACAUCCCUUUCCAGCAGUACUCGGGGAGGAUGGUCCUCUUUGUCAAUGUGGCCACCUACUGAGGACUCACAAUGCAGUACCUUGAACUGAAUGCACUACAGAAUGAGCUGCGAAAUCAUGGACUGGUUGUCCUAGGUUUCCCAUGCAAUCAAUUUGGAAAACAAGAACCUGGCACGAACGCAGAAAUCCUUCCAGGACUGAGAUACGUCAGGCCUGGAGGAGGUUUUGUCCCAAAUUUCCAGCUCUUUCAGAAAGGAGAUGUGAAUGGGGAUAAAGAACAGAGAAUCUACACCUUCUUGAAGAACUCCUGCCCGCCUCCUUUAGAAAGCUUUGGUGACCCCAAGAAACUUUUUUGGGAACCGCUGAAGGUCCACGAUAUCAAGUGGAACUUUGAGAAGUUUUUGGUUGGUCCGGACGGGAAGCCUGUGAUGAGGUGGGCACACAGGACCAACAUUGGCACUGUGAAGAGCGACAUCCUGAAAUACAUGAGAGAGCAGCAGAACCUGUCAAUGGGCUAGAGGUCAUGUAGAUGUAGAGAAACAAGAUGGGAGGGGUGGGGGUGGGGAGACCUGUUGCUUUAUCCAGAACCAGACAUUUUAUCCUCAAAUCACAGAAAAAGAAACUGAACUUCCUUUGAUCAAAACCAAAAGGUUAAGAUAUACUGUUAAAUAUGUACUAGUUUAUUCAAAAUCAGACUGCAACCCUUCCUCGACUGACCUGUUUUUCCAAACACACUUUGGAAGAGAAAGUGGGCCUCAGCUUUCCAGUCCCUCUCUAGGCUUCGCUCCCACCAUGUUGUAAGUGGGAUCUCUCCCUGCCAUCACUCCAACUUUGAGCCCACCAUAGCACAUUGGUAGCAUUGCAGGGAGGUUGACGAAGACAACCCUUGGGGUCCCUUCCAACUCUACAAUUCUGUGAUCAAAGCUGAGUACAGUGGUACCUUGGUUCUCAAACUUAAUCCGUUCCAGAAGUCCGUUCCAAAGGCGCACUUUCCCAUAGAAAGUAAUGCAAGAUGCAUUAAUCUGUUCCAGACUUUUAAAAACAACCCCUAAAACAGCAAUUUAAUGUGAAUUUUACUAUCUAACGAGACCACUGAUCUAUAAAAUGAAAGCAAUAAUCAGUUACUGUACUAUAAAAUAAGUAAGACAGUAUUAUUGGUGAUAAAAAUUAAAUUUUUUUUUUUUUUUACCUGCACUGAUGCUAGUCAUUGUUUGGAUGGGGGGCUUUUAUCCAUUUCCGUAGUCACACAAUCAAUCAAUAGCUGAACUGGGUUCCACACAGUCACAAACCAAAUUAACCAAAAAUGCCUCAAAAACAAAAACGCAAAAUAAAUAGCAAAAACAAAGUGCCAAACUUAAUCCAUUCCAGAAGUCUGUUUGACUUCCGAAAUGUUCGAAAAGAAAGGCUCUGCUUCUGAUUGGUGCAGGUGCCCCGGAAACAAUAGCCAACAGCCGCAUCAGAUGUUCGGCUUCCAAAAAUUGUUCGAAAACCAGAACACUUACUUCUGGGUUUUCAGUGUUUGAGAACCAAGGCAUUUAAGAACCAAGGUAUCACUGUAUAUUACAACACACAAAGUAGUCUUUUGGUUUUGAUACUACAUUAAAAGUAUGAGAGGGACCUCUUUCCCCACUCUUUGUUAACAUAUUUAUAUGCAAAUAUAUAUUCAGCAGUCUUUAGCCAUCAGGCUUUAUAAGUCAAACCACACUCACUUCUAUCUAUAUAACUCAAUUAUGCCAAUUUAUGGUGGCAUAAGCUUUCACAGACUAGUGCUUCCACCAGAGCAGCCAACACGGUGCUCUCCAGCACUUGUUGGGACUAAAACUUCCAUCAGUCCCAUCAGGCAUGGCUAAUGGUCAAGAAUGAUAGGAGUCAUAUCCCAACAAGAUCUAGAAAACACCAUAUUGGUUGCCUCUGGUUCACAUCACAAUCAGGUCUCAAGAGAUCUUUAUUUGCAACCCUUUGCUAUAAGAACCCAAGUCACACUGCUCCUGUUAGGGAUGGGCAGAUCUUUUGCUAACAGAUGGGAUCCACAUUUUGGACAGCUCUGGAUAAGGCACAGCCCACCUCCCUUCCACAGCAAACUGAACAGACCCUCCCAGGCCGAGAGGUUAUGUUGACUGAAGUUUCUCAAAGAUGGCACUUCUUCCUCCGAGUGUGGAUGACAGGAGAGAGGGAUCUGGGGACAAGAUGAUGCAUCAGUAUGAAGGUUGGGUCUGAAAGCUCCCAAAGGGUGGACCUAGCCCAAGGCUGCGAAGGGACAGUGGAGCAGCUCUUCUAGUGCAUUCGUGCUGCCCCACAACUCACCUUUGCAGAGAUGCAGUCCUUCUGAUCAGCCCCACGAUCCUAGCCUCUUUUGCUUCCACACCCACCCUGUGUAUGAAAAACUGCCUAAUAAUAAUUAAAAAAAAACAGCAAGCACUCAA